UCUUUAAAUAGCCAUUAAACCCUACGAAAGCGAACAGUAAGGUUUAAAAAUCGGCUUGAUAAAAGUAGUGUCCGAUAAAAUAUUUUUAUUAACAAUUUAAAUUAAAGACAAAAUAAAAAAGUAAAAAUGAUAAUUAAAGUACUGAUAUCAGUAGUGUUAGUGUUUUCAACAAUAAUUGUUUUAUACUUAAAAUGGACCUUUCGUUACUGGAAAAGCAGGAAUGUGUACGUUCCGGAACCAAGCCUUCCGUUUGGAAAUGUGAACAACUUUAUGGCAGGCAAAGAAAGCUUUGGAGACCUAGUGACUAAUUUCUACAACACCCUUAGAGCAAAAGGACUCCCCUAUGGCGGUUACUGUUUCGCUUUUAAACCGAUUUUUGUACCGGCUGAUAACAAUUUAGUGCAGCACAUUCUUACAACGGAUUUCCAGCAUUUUACCGAUCACGACCCGUUCGUGGAAGAUGCAAACAAUCCCCUUAAUGCACAUUUAUUUGCAUUAACUGGAGCCAAGUGGAAAGCACUCAGAACCAAACUUCGGCCACUUUUUACUAGUGGAAAAUUGAAGGUGAUGUUUCCAACUUUAGUGGAUUGUACUAAUAAUUUUUCAUACGUUCUGGACGAAGCCAUUAAACGAAAAGAGCCACUGGAUAUCAAAGAAACAUUUGCGAGAUAUACAAUAGAUGUCAUAGGAUCUGUCGCGUUUGGGAUAGACUGUAACUGCCUCAGGAACCCAAACACAGAGUUCACAACGUACGGUAAAAAAAUAUUCGACACUGGAUUGAGAGAUUCCAUUAUUGAGUUAAUUAAAGUUAUUAACCCCACGCUGAUAAAACUAUUGCGAUUGGACGUUUUCCCAGCCGGAGUGCAAAAUUUCUUUGUAAAUAUCGUAAAAGAAACGAUUGAUUACAGAGAUAAAAACAAUUAUUCAAGAAACGAUUUCAUGCAACUCUUAAUGAAGUUGCGAAAUCAAGAACUCAAAGUAGACUCAUCGAUUGAAAAAGAGGAAACUAAUGAGCAUGUCGCAUUCUAUCAAAACGGAUUAACACUGGAAGACGUUGCUGCACAGGCUUUUGUUUUCUUUGCAGCUGGCUUCGAAACCUCCUCCACUACUUUAAACUUUUUGAUGUACGAAAUUGUUCAAAACUUAGAUAUACAAGAAAAACUGAGAGAAGAAAUCAAAACGGUUUUGAAAGCUCAUGAUGGUAAAAUAACGUACGAAGCCAUACAGGAAAUGACUUACAUGGACAAAUGUGUUAACGAAACAUUGAGAAAGUACCCUCCUCUUCCGGUGCUACCAAGGCUGUGUACAAAAGAUUACAAAGUGCCAAACUCUGAUUUAAUUAUCGAAAAGGGCAUUCGACUGUCGAUUUCCGUUUAUGGAAUCCACCACGACCCUGAAUAUUACCCAAACCCGGAAAAAUUCGACCCCGAAAGAUUUUCCGAAGAGAAUAAAAACAAACGACCUCCUGUAACGUUUCUUCCUUUUGGAGAAGGUCCCAGGAUAUGCAUUGGUUUGCGUAUGGGCAUAUUACAAACAAAAGUUGGCUUAACUGCUCUUUUAAGAGACUACAAGUUUAAUCUCAAUUCCAAAACUCAAGUACCAUUGGAAUUUAUUGCUAGGCAAAUUAUUCUAGCAGCAAAAGGAGGCAUCUGGAUAGAAGCUCACAAAGUUUAAAUAUGCAAUAUAUAAUUUUUUAAAAUUGUUAGACUUAUGUAUACCGUAUACCAAUGUACAAAUCUUACUACUGAAAAUGAGUUAGAAAUAAAAUGCCACCAUCAUCAA